CUGUUCAUUCUGUGUCACAAUAUCCUAAUCAUAGUUUAUGUUAUCAUGCUAACAAAAACAAUAACAUACGUACACCGACGACAACGAUUUUUGUUAUAACCGGAAUUUAUUUUUAUUGUGUUGAAUUUUUUAUUUUUUAAUAACAGGUGUAUGCAAAUAUUUUUUAAGUAAACUUAAAAAAUAUUCAAAGUAAAAUAAAACUUAAAAAAAAAUGUAGAUUCAUUAUUUGUUUUCUUGUAGUAUUAUUAAUUAGUUUAUAACACCAUGAGUUUACGAGAUGUGAUUUAUCGGUUUAAAAGAACUUUAGAAAAAAUUAAAAUAUCUAAAAAGAUUGGUAUUGUUAUUUUAAUUAUUAUCUCAUUUCUUUAUUAUUUGAGUCCAUAUAUGAGAUCAUCAAAUGAUAGGAAUCCUGAGUAUGAAUAUUUACAAAUGAUAAAACUCAAGGAUGAAUUGUAUAUGAAAAACAGUUUAUUAGAAUUUCUCUCUUACCACCAAGAAGCAUCUAGUUACUAUGAUGCAAAUAUUAGACAUUUUCCCUUAAAUCCCGAGGAAAAACCAUUUAAAGAAUUUGUGGGUAAUGGUUACAUCGGAGUAACACUUGAUAAUGAUUCCCCAAUCUACAUAAAAGGAAAUAGAGCUAUGUCAAUACCUAUUUAUUGGUUUCCCAAUGUGCAACUAAUUUUUGGAGGUUAUUCAAAAUUAGCUACUGUUGUAAAUUAUAAACAUGGAAUAGCAUAUAAAUAUGAAGUUUUUGCUAAUAAACUUCAUAGUUGUAUAAAAUAUUAUGCAUUCCGUGCAUUGCCAUCAAUUCUGAUUCAAGAUGUAGAAAUAUUUAAUCCUACUGAUUAUCCUUUAUAUUUAAGAUUAGAACAAAAACUGUACAAAAAUCAUGCAUGGUCUAUGUACAGUACCCGUUCAAUUAAAGUUACGGAAUAUAAUGAAAAUAUUUUAGUUUCAACUGGUAUUAGUACAUCCACAUCCAAUAAUCCCAUUUUUGCUGUUUCAAUUGUUUAUACUACAUUUCCUAAUGAAGUCAAGAUUAGCCCUCAUGGUAUUUAUAAAGUACGUGUUCUUGUUUCUAUUGAGUAUAUGGUUUUAAAACAAACUUCUGAAUUUAACAAUGCUAAACCAAUAUUAGAAAAUAAAGCAAUUGAUCAAAUGAUGAAUGCUUUACAUUAUGAAAAUAUUGAACAUUCUCAAAUGGAAAUUUGGGAAAAAUUAUGGAAUACUGGAUUUUCCAUAAGCACAUCUAAAGCUGUUGAUGUAUUAAAUGGAGAUUUAAUAAAUGCUACAAUGUAUUAUGUAUUAUCUAGUGUUAGAGCUCCAACUUAUGAAUUAGCAACAUCUCCUGCUAUUCAUUCUCAAGUUUCUAGCAGCUUAUCCUAUGUUGAAGGUUGUUAUGGUGCAAUGUAUGAUACAUUACAAGCUCAAGCCCUAUGGUUAAAACCUUAUACAAUGAAUGAUAUAAAUAAAGCAGUGUCCUUAUGGAUUUUAACCUUAGAAAAACAAGGUUGUCAUAAUCUAAUAAAAGCUGGAGCUGUAGGUGUGGCUCAAGCAAUGGUAUUGAGUUUUGGAAAUUUUCGUUUUAGCAAUCAACAUUUAGAGUUCAAUAUGCAUCCAAAACAUUUACAUAGAGACUACUACUUUAGACGUUUGAAUUAUGGUAAUAUGACACAUAUAAAUAUAACUGUCACUGUUCAAGAAGACAACAAAGCUGUAAUUUCAGUUUCUAUGGACCGAAGUGAUAAAAAUUAUUAUGCAUGUGAUGGUGGAUGUUUGGAUAAUCCAGCAUUGUUAGGACCAGAGUACACAACAUUUCCUGUUAAGCUAACUGAACCUGUUACUGCAAUAUUGUACAUCACAUACGAUAAACAACAUAUGGAAGAUUUAAGACAUACAAUUCAUGUCAAAGAAGUUUUGGAAGCUCCAGCACAUGAACAUCAUGUUAUUGCAUUACACAAACAUGGCCAUCACUUAGGAGGACUACCUACCUUUUUCUGGGUGGCAAUUGGAUUUUUAAUUAUUGUUUUUCAUCUUUUCUUGAUAAAAUUGAUUUAUAAUGAAUAUUUCAAUCCGCAAGAAAAAUUUAAAGUUAAAUAUGGUAAACUAGCUUAUCGUUAAUUAUGUGAAAUGACUGAAAAUAAUUUUAUGACCAUUGUAUAUUAUGUUUUUUAAAUUCCAAAGAUGAUGUGACUAAAUUCUAUUGUAAGUAAUAAAACUGUGAUAACUAAUAUUUUUUAAGUUGAGAACAAUAUUUAUUUGGUGCUCAACUUAAAUUUUCAUUCUUCUAGGUAUUGUCUUUGUAUUAUAUUUUAUCACUUUGUAUAAAUAAAAUGAAAUUACUGAAA